AUGAACAUUGGCGUCAUGAUGCAUCGUCGGAGCCGCCUCUCAGUAUGUACAACCUUGCUUGUUUUCAUUGUCGUUGCUGCGCUGUACUUUCACAAUAAUACGGCGUCAAGGUUAUAUCAUCCCGGGCUUAUCACUACUACAAAAAAUGAUGAAAUACCGCCUGGAGGCAUACUAUCUCGGGGAAAUGUCACAUCAUACAUCGGUGCAAUUUUUGACCAGAAAAAGACUCACCUCCCCAAGCUCAACUGCUUGAACUCAGACUUCAAGCGGUAUGAGCAUCUCAAAAUCUCUGCAACUUCAUCAAAAACACCGUACUUUUUCGCCUUGAACCUCCGUGAGAACCUAGCUGUUCUUCCCAGGCUGUUGGGAAGCAUCGUCGAAGUUAUCCAGUUCCUAGGCCCCAGCAAUUGCGCUCUUUCAAUCGUAGAAGGGAACUCUCCAGAUGGAACUGGUGAUGUUUUAGCUGCAUUACAAGCGCAUCUUGACAAGGGGCUCCGAACGCACAUCGUGCUUGGCAAUAAAAUCAACCCACUGGAGGGGUUAAGGUUCGCAAAACUCGCAGAGCUGAGAAAUCUAGCUCUCAAGCCGAUUCUGGAAGAGCCUGAGAGAUAUUCUGAUUCAACAGUCAUUUUUGUGAAUGACGUCGUUAUUUGUCCAGAUGAUAUUCUCGAGCUCAUCCAUCAGCGAGUCCACCUUGCCGCAGAUAUGACAUGCGCAAUGGACUGGGUCUAUGGUUCGGCAGUUCCCACAUUCUACGAUGUGUACAUUGCGCGCGGCAUAAACGGCGAUUUAUUCUUUGAUGUGCCUCCGGAUGUCAGUUGGUCUAAAGCUACAAAUCUGUUCUGGAACGACCCAGAGUCAAAAGAGCGAUUCAACUCGAAUCGACCAGUGCAAGUGUUUGCGUGCUGGAACGGGGCAGUCGCAUUCACAGCCAACCCAGUUGCUACGAAACAAGUAACUUUCCGUGCGGCUCGCGAGAACACGGGAGAAUGCUAUAAUGGGGAGCCUGAGAUAUUUUGCAAAGAUCUGUGGUUCCAUGGCUACGGUAAAAUAGCCGUAGUGCCAUAUAUUCACCUGGCGUAUACGAACGAGGCAGGAAAGCGGAUCAAAGAUGAAAAGGGAUACACAUCAAAGGUUGUGAAAAGGUUGACCUCAGAAGAUGCAAUGCAGUGGAAGCCGCCGCCAGAAAAAGUUAAGUGUAUGCCGUCGUUCGACAGACAGUCAUGGCAAGUUUGGAACGAAACCUUGGGGGACCAUAUCUAA